UUAAAUUCACAAAACAACAACAAUUUUCUUGGAGAACUCUCUUUUCUCUCUAUCUCCAUUACUCUCUCUCUGGCUCAUAUGGGUAUUCCUCGAAAACAGUAGAGGCGAAUUCUCUUGAACACAUUUCGUGGGUUUGUUCGCAAAUUUUUUGGGGCUUUGAAGGGUUUUCAAGAGGGUUAUUGAAGGAUGUUUGGGUGCGAGUGUUGGUGCUGGAAUGGCGUCGUUGAUCAUCUAGACGUCUGCCUUUCUGACCCUAAACCCUUCUCUCUGCCUUCAACACUUCCAAAUUGGCCUCCAGGAAAAGGUUUUUCCACUGGAACAAUAAGCCUUGGAGAGAUAGAAGUUUCCAGGAUCACCAAGUUUAAAAAGGUUUGGAGAUGCAGCCAGGGUGCCAUAUUUUACAGGCCUCAGGCAAUCCCCCAUGGCUUUUUCUGCCUCGGCCACUAUUGCCAGCCCGAUGGCCAUCCAUUGAGAGGCUACGUUUUGGUUGCUCGUGAUGCAUCGGAAGUUGCUCGUGUUGACAACUCGGUCAGUGAAUCUCCUGCUUUAAAGCGACCAGUAAACUAUUCGUUAAUCUGGAGUUCUGGCUUACAUGGAGUGGAUUCUGGCUUUAUUUGGCUGCCUAACGCCCCGGAGGGUUACCAAGCCAUGGGAUUCUUGGUCACUGACAAGCCAGACGAGCCUGCACCCGACGAUAUUCGAUGCGUCCGAGCUGAUCUUACCGAGAGAUGCGAGACUAGCGACUUGAUUGUAUCCAUUGAGUCCAAAUCUCAACCGUUCCAUGUCUGGGAAACAAGACCCUAUGAAAGGGGAAUGUACCAGAAUGGUGUUUCUGUGGGCACAUUCUUUUGCUGCACUUCAUUGAAAAAACAUCUUGAAAUUUCCUGUCUGAAGAAUCUCAGUGUCUCAUUAGAAGGCAUGCCAAAUCUGAACCAAGUUCAAGCACUCAUCGAGCAUUACGGGCCAACCGUCUUCUUUCAUCCCGACGAGGCGUAUUUCCCAUCAUCAGUGCCGUGGUUCUUCAAAAACGGUGCUGUUUUGUAUAAAAAUGGCAACACGAAGGGCGAGCCUAUUGACAGUAGAGGGUCCAAUCUGCCUUGUGGAGGGGAAAACGACGGUGAGUAUUGGAUCGAUCUACCAUCGAACGAGAAUGCACGAGAAACUUUGAAGAGUGGCAACAUCGAAACCGCACGGCUCUAUGUUCAUGUUAAACCAGCACUUGGAGGAACGUUUACUGAUAUUGUGAUGUGGGUUUUCUGCCCUUUUAAUGGACCAGCAGCCCUCAAAGUUAAGUUUCUGAAUAUCAAACUUAAGAAGAUAGGAGAGCAUGUUAGUGAUUGGGAACACUUCACUCUUAGAAUCUGCAACUUUUCGGGGGAGCUAUGGAAAGUGUACUUCUCGGAGCAUAGCGGAGGGAAAUGGGUCGAUGCUUCCGACUUGGAAUUCAUUCAUGGCAAUAAACCGAUCGUGUAUUCGUCGAAACACGGUCAUGCUAGCUUCCCACAUCCUGGGAGCUAUAUUCAGGGAUCAGUAGCUGGAAUUGGAGUGAGGAAUGAUGUAGCUCGGAGCAAGUUUUUCGUCGAUUCAAGCAUCGAAUAUGAAAUCAUUGCUGCCGAAUAUCUCGGUGAUGGCGUUGUUUCUGAACCAGCUUGGUUACAGUACAUGAGAGAGUGGGGUCCAACUGUUGUGUAUAAUUCAAGAUCAGAGAUCGAAAAACUAAUCGAUAUCCUUCCUCCGAUCGUCCAAUUUUCCUUGGAAGAUCUACUCGCCCUGUUCCCGACCGAGCUCUACGGUGAAGAAGGACCUACCGGACCGAAGGAGAAAAACAACUGGUUUGGAGAUGAAAGAUGCUAGAGAUAUUAACAACACCACAACAUGAAUAUAGCUAUCAGUUUACUCUUUACAAUAGCCAUUUCUUCAUCAGAUCAUGGUGAAAGUGAGCAGAUUGACAUUCUCUUUCAGUUCUUGCUGUUCUUGCUGAAGAUUCGACUCGGGAGUUCGGAGAGUUCGGGUCGGAGUCAGUCUCGACACUCGGAAAAAAAAAUACUGUAUUACAUAUUUCAUUGUAAAAUUAUUGAAUUUUAGUUCUUAUAGAUAUACAAUAUAAUAGUGUUGAAGUAUA